AUGAAAAUUUCAUCAAACUUUAUUGUCGCCACUUUGGUGGUAUUAAGUGUAAGCACACCCGUUGUCGUAUCUCAUGUAUCAGUACAGCAAAUGCCAUUAGAAUCGUCGGAGCAAAUGCCAAUAGAAUCGUCAGAGCAAAUGCCAUUGGAAUCGUCAGAGCAAAUGCCAUUGGAAUCGAGCUCAGUUACGUCUACAGAACAGAUGCCAUUGGAAUUAUCGGAAACAAGUAGUUCGUUUCUUGAAGAUUCUGGUCCUGAUUCAAACAAGGAUUUAUUCUCAGAAGACUUGACAACUUCAUCUUUGCGUAGUGAUCCCAACCCGGAGAGCUUAGACACUGAGGAGAAUGGAAGCAUAAUUUCGAAAUCAGACACUUCAACAUCACAAAAGACUUCCGAUGGAAUGUUUACGGAUGAGCAAAAGGCGAUUUGGAUUGACCGUCACAAUUUUUUUCGAGUGGCGGGUUUGCCGUGGGCAGCUGGAAACAUGGAACGAAUGAAUUGGGAUGACAGCCUUGCACAGGAUGCUGCCACUGCAGCUUCUAGCUGCACAGCGAAGACUAAACCUGGUCUUAACGUCUUUGAAGAUACAACAACAGAUCCAGCAACCGUUUUAGAAGAUGCGAUUAUAGAUUGGAUUGUAAAACCGGCGAUUACCGGCAUUGCAAAUGUCGUACCGCCAAGCAAGGAAGGUGAAAGCGUGGGUGCAGGACUUUACAAUUCGUACACACAAAUUAUUUGGUCCUCAACGACAGGCGUUGGAUGUGCCAUGGCUAGUUGCAAUGGUGGUGCAACCGUGGCUUGUGCAUAUUCUCCUCCAGGAAAUGACGGCAAGUCACCAUGGUUUAUUCACGCUGCCCAAGCAAAGAAUUGUCCUUCGGGUACUGUAGCUCAGCAUGGUUUGUGCGUCGUCGAAGGAGAUCCGAAAAACGAUCUUAUCGCACCCAUUCCAGACGGAUUUCGGACACAUCAGAUCUAUCCAAACUUUAUUUCUGACAUUAUGGGGGCAAUCUUGAAGGCACAAAAGGAAAGAGACGCUCCUGGAGCUGUUAAAAUGACUGCAGUUUCUCCAGGUGACUUAAUGGGCUCACCAGAAGACGAUAACUAUAAUGACGAGAAUGAACCACUACAGCUUGGUUCUUGCGCUGGCUCGACAAAGGAAUCGCAGACUGAAGACAUUUAUUCGGGAGACUUGACAUCGGAAGAGGAUCCUGGUACAGUAAAGGCAAGUUCGGCCUCUGGUUUAUCUUUUUCAAACCAGGAAGAACUAUUAUCAAAUGAAGCCGAGGAUCAAACUGGUGAUUUGACACUAUUGUCUCAAGAAAAGAGUGAUGUUUUGACUUUUAGUGCAUCAGAUACAUCGGAUUCUGGAAUGUCCACAGCAGGUAUCGCUUCUUUGAUUGCACUUGGUGUUGCAGCUGUUGCAGCUUUUGCUGUAUUCGUGAGUUAUUUCAAACAGGAAGAACAAAUGGAGGAAGAUUCGCCUGAUCGAAUUGAAGUCAUUUAA